ACAUUACCAGUCUUUUAUUUUAUUUUUUAUUUUAUUUACUUUUCAAAGUGCCUCCUCCGGCCCACAACCUGUGGUCCGAUCCGACCCGACCCCCCUUAUCUUAUCGCAUUCAGUCUCUACCUUUUCAAUUUUCAUCACUAUAAACUUGGUCACAUCAAACUUUAUAGAACUUCCAUUUUCUUCUUUCUUUCUUCAAAUAAUUUUUUUCUUUCUCUCUUUUCGCGUUUAAACUAUCUUUCUUAGUUAAGUUGUAAAUAUUAUUAUUUUUUUCUGAAUAUGAUCAAAUUAUAUAAAAUCAAAUCCAUAUUCACAUUCACUAAAGAUCAAUAAUAUAAAGGAGCUUUUUUUCUUUCUUUCUUUUUUCGUCGAUCUUUAAUAAACCAACGUGAAGAGUACUCUCCCCUCUUUUUUCUCUUUCCCUUUCCCAUUCUAAGAUUCCAAAGACAACCUAACUAAGUGACUAACCAACUUCUCUAAUUCCCCUUUUUUUUUCUUUCUUUCGGACCAUACCGCUCUUCACCCCACCAUCUCCCUUUCUUUCUCAAAUUUCUCUAUAUUAUCUCUCCCAUUCCUCAAACAGCUCAAUUACAAUAACACAUAUAUAUAUAUAUAUAUAUAUAUCUAUCUUCUUAUUAUAAUCCAAUUCCCAAUAUAUAGUUGAUCAUCAUCAUAUAAUUUUCUUUUGUCAAUUUCGAACAAACACUGAUAUAAUUAUACAAAAUGCCAUCAAUGCAGUCUAGCCCAUUCUAUCAAAUGGAAAACCCAGCUAUAAUUUCCCUCCUCCGCCAUGCUCAAGGCAGCGGAGGAGGUGGAAAUAAUACUGACGGAGGAGGAGGAGGCGGUGACAAAAAUAAUGGUGGCGAAAAUCAUAAAAAAGCCAAUAAUAAGCGUUCUUCAACAAAAUCCUCGAGUAUGACCGGAGGGCUGUUUCGAAUAUUCAAGCUAUUCCCGAUGCUAACUUCAGGUUGUAAGAUGGUUGCUCUGUUAGGCAGACCAAGAAGACCAAUGUUAAAAGACAACGCCACUACUGGGACGAUCUUCGGGUACAGAAAAGGACGAGUGAGCCUGGCCAUACAAGAGGACCCUCACUGCAUGCCUGUGUUCGUGAUCGAGCUACCCAUGCAGACAAGCGCUUUCCACAAAGAAAUGCAAGCAGACGACAUAAUACGAAUCGCCUUAGAGAGCGAGACCAAAACCCAUAAGAAAAAGCUCUUCGAGGAAUACGUGUGGGCUGUUUACUGUAACGGUAGAAAGAUGGGUUACUCCAUUAGGAGAAUGAACAUGUCCGAUGACGAGCUCCACGUGAUGCAGACCCUUCGAGGGGUUUCAAUGGGAGCCGGGGUUCUUCCACCUCCUUACGAUCAGAAAGAGGCCGCCGCCGCUGCCGCCUCCGACGGCGAGUUAACUUACAUGCGAGCUAGAUUUGAAAGAGUCGUCGGAUCUAAGGAUUCCGAGGCUUUGUACAUGAUUAAUCCAGAUGGUUCGGCUGGUCCUGAGUUAAGCAUUUUCUUUGUAAGGUCUCACUGAUCAAGCAAUUUAAUUAUAUUAAAUUAUUAUUAAUUACUUUAUAAUUAAGAAUUCGUAUAUAAGAUGAUGAUACAUUCAUAGAUAUAGAUUUAUUGAAUUGGGGUAAAGAUUUGAUGAUUGUUUCGUGAUCAUGAAUAUUUGAUUAUUGUUUUUGUAGGUUAGUUUUCGAUUAUGUAACUUUGACUAAUAAAUUAAGAGAGAGUUUUAGUAUA